AUGAAAGUAAGUGGAUUAGGCGGAUGUUUUGGAAGCUUUCUGAUACGAGGCCAAGGAUCAAAGUGGCCAGCCUGGCACGUGCUAGGCUGGAGCAACAAAAUGUUUGCGCUUCACGUUGAAUUUCGAAUUCAACUUCAGCUAUACGCAUUCUUUUUAUAUUCGAAAUUGUAUGAACUACGGUUCGUAUCACGGCCCGGUUAA